AUGGGUGGCGUAAUCGUGAAGAUCGCUUGGGCGCUGUUAGCUCUCAUCUUGAGGUUGACCGAUACCCAUGCGCAGUCUGUGUCUAAAGAUGAGUGUGCGACGAGCGUUCAUGCCAUUAUUGCUAGGGGUCAAGGCGGGGGCGAUGAUUUGAAUGUAAUGAGCACUCUUUCAGACCUGAUCUUGGAGCAGAUUCCGGGCUCGACAACCCUCGGCUUACCCUAUGACCAUGAAAACGUCUUAACUGACUAUGCCAAAAUGCACACCGUUCACGAUGGAGCGGUUUUAAUGCAGCAGUUUGUGCAGGAGUACAGCGAAAGCUGCCCCCAAACUAAGAUUGUGGUAGUGGGAUAUUCAAUGGGAGCAGUUCUCAUGAUGGAUUCUCUGUGCGGAACCAGUGAGGUUGGAUUUUUCUUCGUCACCCCUCUCACGCCAUUCUACAACUCGACUAUCAUAGCUGCGAUUGCAUAUGGUGAUGAGACAUACAUUGCUGGCAUGCCAUGGAAUGUGGUUGUGGACUUCAUCAAACACCGUCUAGCCACGAUUGGGCAGUAA